GAAAACAGGAAGUCAAACCUGUCCGUCUACAAAUAUCUUCCCCAUCCUAUCCUGUUAGAUAACAACGAAACAGAAAUAAAACAUCCGGAUGUUUUUCAAAAUAAUACAAGUGUAGCGAGGUGCAGGAAUACGGACAGCGGUGGGAAUUGACUGUCGGACGCCAAAGCAGUACUUGUCGUAAAAGUUAGCUAACGUUGGCGUGAGCAAAGCAGCUACAGGGAUGGCGGAGGUUCCUGGGACGUCAAGUGAGACGAUAACGGAGACUAUUCAAACCAGCACGCCGCCACCACCCCAACAGGAGGGCCGCAGUCUGACAAUCAAGCUGAGGAAGAGGAAGACAGAGAAGAAGGUGGAGUGGUCGAGUGACACAGUGGACAAUGAGCACCUGGGGAGGAGGUCUUCAAAAUGCUGCUGUAUUUACGAGAAGCCCCGACAGUUUGGUGAGUCGUCCUCGGAAAGCGAGGGAGAUGAUGACGAUGAAGGUUGCGGCAGCGCACACUGUAUCCUGGGCCACGGUCGGAGGGAUCACAGACAGAGGGGCGGCGGGGGAGCCACGGUGCCCCCGAACUCUGGAAGGUCUCAUACUCACUAGGGAGCUCUGCAGGGAGGGUGUGAUGGUGUGGCAAUGUUUUUAGGGAAAUAAAAAGGAUUCCUCGUCACUGCACUAGUGCAAACCAACAGUCUUUAAGUUAAGAUCCAUUACAAAAAAAGAUGUGAUUCUGCUUACCGCGCAUGUAACCUGAAUUUGCUCACAUGUUUUCCACAUACAUAAAUCAUAAAAAAGUUUUCUAUCUCUACCUAUUGAAAAUGCAACAGGAGUUGCAGUUUGGAGGGAAUUAAAAGCAAUAGCCAUGGAGAUCAGUUUUGGCAUUAAGAGAAGGCAGAAUGUCGUUUUGUAUUAAAGGACAAAUGCAUUUUUCUUUUGACGUCAUAUCAUACACACACCAGAUGGAUCUGUUUUUUGCACAGCUCUUUAUUAAAGAAGUCUCAAAGCUAAACAUACAAGGGGAUCGUAACCUUGAUUAGUGAUUCUGCAAACACACAAACGAGACUAUGACGAUCAAAAAGGUUUAAUUGAAAAGCUCCUGUGUCCGAAUGUUGGCUGCUUCCUUUUUAAGUGCAAGCUUUUGUGUAAAACAAAUGAAGGAUUGGCAUAGUUAUGCUGAUUUGUUGAUGAUUGUUUUGUAAUAGCAUUUUGGGGAAAAAAAACUGACAAAAUGUAAAUUACUGCAACCAGCAGAAAUGCUGCUGAUUCAGGCUCAACUACUGGAUUUUGAAGUUUAAAGAACAUGAUGUCAACUAUGUUCCAUUCAAAAUGACUGGACCCAUUGUAAAUCACAUUUUCAAUACGUACAAUCGUUCAAAAAUGGCCAAUUUGAAUGAACGCUGACUGCUUGUAAUAGUGUUGAACAAAUUGAAUGGCAAACUAUCUUAUGUUUAAAAAUGUUGCAAUUCAAUGCAAUUUACAACGGAGGGCUACAUCAUUUCAAGUUGUGCUAGAAACUCUUAAUUUGCUCAGUACAACACUGGAAUCAAUAGCAUUCCUGUAUUUACAUUUAAGUCUUUUGAGUACAUAAGUGCGUUCACACUGAGAAGUACAGCCAAAUGCAAGAGUACUGCCAGUACCUGAAUGAGGAGUUCAAAACACUCAAAAUGGUGAGUGUGCAGCGAUAUAUACUUACAACUUUCUAUUUUCGCAAUUCCUGGCGGAAAAUUAUGGCGGCCGAGGAGUAACCAAUAGUGGUAGAAAGUAUUAAACCGACGAAUAAGUGACUACAAACAUUUGAUAGUCAUUUCCUGCAACUGUGCAAUGACGAAUCAAUUUAGAACAGUGCUACAUUGUCAAAAUUCACACCCUCAGAAACUAAGUACAGUGGUACCUCAGGAUACGAGUGUCCCAGCUCAUGAAUUUUUCAGGAUACGAGCUGCUAUGGGCCAAUUGUUAUGCUUCAGGUUGCAAGCAAAAAUUGGGCUACGAUCCUCCACACCACUAGUCAAUGUAGUGAAUGUCACAUUGAACUUUAUAAGAUCUUACCAAAACAUCUGGUUUUACUCAAUAUAACUUUGUUUUUCCAACAACAACGAAGAACGUGAGUGUGAAGGACUCACAAAACUUGACCGGAUGUGGCGAGUCAACUUGUUGAAGCUGUUGGAGUGUAUGUAGUAUCACUGCUUGUCUGCACUAUACUAAAACCAGAAAGAGUCAAUAAUGCAAGCAAAGGACGUUAAACUAAGAUGUAUUAAUCCAUGAAAAUAGGGAAAGGCUGCUGAUGGUGUUUAUGAUGGAGAAGCAGCUCAAAGGAGAUACUGUAGAAGUUCGCUCUCCAAGGUAAAUGCUGUACAUUACUAUUUCGUUACUUCAUUACACUAAUACAGUUGUUUGUAUAUUGCUUUUCAUACAAUAUGUCUAUCUAGAAUUUGUUCUACUUUUUAAAAGGCGUGUUACUGUUAAAUUGGGCUGUUUUGUGGAGGUUAGUUUCAAUGAGCAAUGCUGUUUUACAAUACCAGCUUUUGGAGGUACGAGCUGCAUCACGUAACAAAAUAAACUGGCACCACUGUACACAGUGUACAUUGUGUACAAACUUAAGGGUACACACUUCAAUUUGAGACAGCCAAAGAGAUGUUAUCUUAUGCCAUUAGAAAAGUUGUAGAAAGUAAGUGGGCUGGUUUAACUCAGGGGUGUCCAAAUUACUGCUCGCCCUUGUCUUCAAACUGGCCCUCAAGAUAUAUAAUGUUUAAUAUACUAACAUUGAUGAAUUUACACAUUUACUGAGGUGUUUGAGCAUAUGUUUAUAUGUAGCAAUACAAACUAGCUUUCUCCAACUAUGGUGCUACUAAAAAACAACAGAUUAACUCAACACACACAUGCCACAUAAAACCCACUUAACCAUGUGGACAUUAUAAAAGCACUAUAAACAUGUUAUAAUUACACCCACCUAACAGCACUAAAGAGCAUGGUGGGUAAUAUGCAAAACACUUUCUCCCCACACUUUGUUGUGCUUGAUGUUUGGAGUUGAUUACAAAACAUUAAAGGAAGUAAUCAGGGAAGUUAAAAGGGAGGGAUGGGCUUUUACAUACUCUCAAUAUUGAGUGUUGUCACGGUCUGAUGGGGGGGGGUACUGAAAAUAAAAGUUUAAGGUAAUGUUUUGUUUUUCAGGCUGUUAGCUUGCUUCAAGUAUUGUUAUAAAAAACUGAAGUUGCUGACCAUUUCCUGAUAGUAUUACAAAUCCUACACAUCAGUGGUUCUUAAGCUAUCACCUAAGAAAAAACCUGGCUCUCCAAGUUUCACCAUAAUGACCAACAUUGAAAUACAAUAGCGUGGUAGGCCUUAGUAUUCAUUAAAUACAAGAAUGAAGUCUAGUUUGACAAGUAUAUUUAAUAUUUUGGCCACUGUAACAUUACACACAGUUUGAACAGUAGCACUGUGUUUAAAUGAAGGAAAAUCAAAACAAUGUACUUUAAUUAAGUGGUUCUUAGGCAUACCACCAGCUAAAGCCCGCGUAACACUGGUGGUACACGUACCACAGUUUGAAAAUCACUCCUAUACAUUCGCUAUUUAUACACAUGAUCGUAUUUACGUUAUAACCCUUGCUUUGCUGCGUGGCAAAAAAUUUAGAUUUUGCCCUGACAAUUUGGCUUUAUCGCAAGUUGUAAUAUGUUUUAACAUGUUUAUUUUACAUGCGAUAUUAUUCCAAUAUGCCUGCUUAAAUCACUGCAAUCACCAAUCAUGUGUGAAAACAGCUGUGUAAACUUCAAUCAAUCAAUCAAAGUUUAUUUGUAUAUCCCUUAAUCACACCCUUACCCUUAAUCACGUGUCUCUAAGGGCUGCACAAGCCACAACUUGAUCAACACAAGUGUCCGACCUGAGAUCAGUCGGUUGUGUGUUCAAACCCAGCCGAGUCAUACCAAAGACUAUAAAAAUGGGACCCAGGCAGCAUCAAGGGUUGGAAUUGGGGGGUUAAAUCACCAAAAUGAUUUUCGAGCGCAGCCACCGCUGCUGCUCACUGCUCCCCUCCCCUCCCAGGGGAUGGGUCAAAUGCAGAUAGUAAUUUCACCACACCUAGUGUGUGGGACUAUCAUUGGUACUUUAAGUUUAACUUUAACACACACUGUCACAGUUGAGCACAUUGAAUUGAAAUAAUAAAGAACAUAAGAGCUUUUUUGUCACUGCAAAUUACUGUAACUUUCUCUAUACAGUUCGGAAGUACGUCAGAUUAUGUUUUUAUAUGUGUGUGUAUAUACUGAACAAAAAUAAUACUAGUUUUUACUUUCAAUUUUCAUGAGUUGAACUCAAAAGAUUUAAAACUUUUACUUUCUACACAAAAUACCUAUUCUUCUCAAAUAUUGUUGCAAAGCUGUCAAAAUAUGUUAGUGAGCACUUCUUCUUUGCCAAGAGAAUCAAUCCCACUUCACAGGUGUGGCAUACCAAGGUGUUGAUUAAACAGCAUAAUUACUGCACAUGUGCCUUAGGAUGGCUGUAAUAAAAGGCCACACUAAAAGGCAGUUUUGCUUUAUUGGGGGUCAGAAAAUCAGUCAGUAUCUAGUGUGACCACCCUUUGCCUGACGUAGUGCAAAACAUCUCCUUCGCAUAGAGUUGAUCAGGUUGUUGAUUGUAGCCUGUGGAAUGUUGGUCCAAUCAUCUUCAUUGGCUGUGACAAGUUGCACCACAGCAUCCCAAACAUGCUCAAUGGGUGACAUGUCCGGUGAGUAUGCUGGCCAUGCAAGAAUUGGGAUGUUUUCAGCUUCCAGGAAUUAUGUACAGAUCCUUGCAACAUGGGGCUGUGCAUUGUCAUGCUGCAACAUGAGGUGAUGGUCUGGGGUGAAUGACCAUCAGGAUCCCGUCACGGUAUAUCUCUGCCAUCCAUAAGUGGACCUCUACUCUUCUACUCUGAGUCUCUUCCGGAUGACCGAGCUCCUCAACCUAUCUCUAAGGGUGACCCAAGACAUCCUGCGGAGAAAAAUAAUUUUCUGCCGUUUGAAUUCGUGACCAUGUCAUUCUGGUCAUUACCCAAAGCUUGUGACCAUAGGUGAGGGUAAAUUCAGAGCUUCCCCUUCUGGCUCAACUCCUCCUUCUCCACAACAGACUGGUGUAGUAACUGCAACACUGCCGACGCUGCACCAAUCCGUCUGACAAUCUUGCGUUCCAUUCUUCCCUCACUUGUGAAGAAGACUCCGAGGUACUUGAAAUCCUCCUCUUGAGGCAGAACUUCACAUCUGCCCCUGGGGGCACCAUUUUCCGACUUAGAACCAUGGCCUCAGAUUUGGAGGUGCUGAUCUUCAUACGUGAAGCUUUACAUUCAGCUGCGAAUGAAUUAUACUGGUCUAGCGCUUUUCUACCUUCAAGGUACUCAAAGUGCUUUGACACUAUUUCCACAUUCACCCAUUCACACAUUGAUAAUAAUAAUAAUGGAUUAGAUUUAUAUUGCGCUUUUCUAUUACUAAAUACUCAAAGCGCUCACUGAGAAGUGGGAACCCAUCAUUUAUUCACACCUGGUGGUGGUAAGCUACAUAUAUAGCCACAGCUGCCCUGGGGUAGACUGACGGAAGCGUAGCUGCCGGUUUGCACCUAGGGCCCCUCCGACCACUACCUAUCAUUUAUUCAUCAUUCAUUCACCAGUGUGAGUGGCACCGGGGGCAAGGGUGAAGUGUCCUGCCCAAGGACACAACAGCAGCGAUUUAGAUGUCAAUAGGUGGGAAGCGAACCUGCAACCCUCAGGUUUCUGGCACGGCAGCUCUACCCACUACGCCAUGCCGCCCCAUAAAUGAAAGCUGAAGGUCCCAGUUUGAUGAAGCCAACAAGACCGCAUCAUCUGCAAAAAGCAGAGAUGCUAUUCUCUGGCCACCAAACUGGAAACCCUCCUCAGUCUUGACUGCACCUAGAAAUUAUGUCAAUAAAGAUAAUGAACAGGACCACAGGACAGGAUAUGAAUCAUUUUGGGCUAAUUUAAGUACCAUUUUAAAAUUAAUGUGUUACUACUUCGAAUUUGCAAAACAUUUUAGCUAAAUUUGUAAUAUAAAUCUGGUGUUAAACCAUAUAAUCCACAUUUGAAUUCAGCAAAAGUGUCAACUCAUCUUUCUUCAAUUAAAAACAUAUAUAGAGCUUAACCUCUGUUUUCUACCUGUCCAAAUGUUUCGCUUAGAUCUCCAUACAAAAACAUCUAAGAACGUAGCAGCCACUUUGUCUAUUAAACGCAGUAAACACAACCCAAUGUAGGUCAAAAUAUCUGCAGAGAAGUUAAAUAAAGAAACAAUUAAUUACAUUAAAAAAAACUUCUGAUCUUAGUUAGUUUCAGUUUAUUUCAAACAUGCAAACAAUACAAUUACAAUUACAACAUGUCCGAAUAGGAGUUGGAAGAAGCAGAGUUUAUUUAACUCUACCCCUUUUUGUAUCAUAGUAAUUUUAUCCUAUUUACUGUAUGUGUUCUCUGUUACAAAGUAGGUUGCCAAAUUAACUAGUAUAAGUGUAAUAUCUUGUAAGUUGCAACAUUACAACUUUUUCUUGUUCACAUUACAAUUUAAGUAUUAUUUCAACAUGCCGUGGGUUGAUGCAAAAAAAAAAAAAAUAAAAUAGCUGAGGUCUGCACUUUGGACACUCCUGUGCACAAUUGAUUGGUAAGCACACUGAAAUGCGCUCUCCAUAUUUUAGAGAACAAAACGUUGUAUUAAUAUUAUUAAGAGACUAGUAAUUGUUUGCUCUUCUUGUGGAUAAUGCUACAAAUUGUGUUUCACGUCCGCUAUUUUUCUGAGAGUUAACAUUUUUCAUGUCUAAAGUUAGUGGCUCUACUAUACUGAGGUGAAUCACUACUCAUCUACCAACUCAUUGGAUAAACCACACUAAAAUUAUCAUUAAGUUUGCAGCAUGUUGUCCAAAAAAGGAAAAAGGACACCAACAAAGAUAUGGAAUGAUUUUAUGUUGAGAAUCUGAUUUCAAUUUUUGAUUGUUUAGAGUAGGUUGAAGUAUUUGUUUGUUUCCCCCAAGCUGUGUACUCCUUUCUCAACUGAGCAAAAUGUUGUUUUUUUCCAAGUGCACAGCGAUUUAUAAAAUGUACAUUGGUCUUGGUACUGGUACUUGCACAUUUCUGUAAAUACAAUUAAGCGUAAUGAGGUCUGGCUGAAUGUUAUUAAAAGGUUUAAACUGUGA